GCUGCCGACAACUCUUCUCUUGCUCCAUGGUUGCUGUUAUGUGUGCCGACGCCUUCCGAGUCCAACGACUCAAACGGGAGCCAAUGUGUUUACGGACAUCAUCCGUCUGCUGAACCAUUGUGCAUGAACAACUCUGACCUCGACAAUAUCGACUGGACUCUUGACUUUUCGCAUAACUCUACCACCAUCGCCGACCAAUCGAUGUUCGCCGCGCGCUACGCCACGACGAAUCAGUUCGAUUUGCCUACAACACAAGAACAAAGAUUCGGAGGCCCCGAGGGGACCGAUGCUCAAUUCCAAGCCAUGCUAGAUGAUGUGGGAAUGCAAACGGCAUCGCUUGACUUCUUGGGGAGUUCCUUGACGGACUCUAUGCCAACAAACUUUUGCCUUGAAACGGCACACCCCACUCAGACAUCGUCCACUCCAAACACGCUGGGCGCAGAUUUCAGCCGUGGCUCCAGGCCCUCUUCUAGAACAUCGCUUGCUGGCCCAGCAAGUGGGCCGCUCGAGACCGUCUCGCCGGCCUCGGAUGAUUCCCAUUCUCACUCUGGCAGUCACCGUGUCGAGGGCGGUCGAGUGGACAAACGACAGCGCAACACGGAGGCCGCACGACGAUAUCGACAACGUAAGCUCGACAAGCUUUCCACUGUCGAAGACGCUUUGCUGGCGGUGACCAAGGAGCGCGACGAACUCCGUCUGGAGCUUGCGCGAGCAAGGGCUGAAGCGGACAUCCUAAAAGGCAUGGUCGCGCAAAAGCAGCGUAGCUCUAACUAGCCAGAGCGUGCAAGUUGCCGUGCCUAUCUUUUCUUUCGGGCCUUGUCCAUCAUAUUUCGCACCUUUUUACUUAGAUAUGUCGCAUGCUUUGUAUGAACUUUUUUCACAGAAUCUUAAUAA